UAUGCCUAUGCAGUCAAAAAGAUGUCCGAUGACAAUGAAAUCAUUGAUGAGUUUAAGAAAAAGUAUUAUAUUGAGUGUCAUGAUGCUCCUCCGAAUGGUGAGGAAGAUGAUGUUGAUAUCAUAGGUCCUAUUACUCCCCAAACUGAUGAUAACAUUAAGCUUCUUGGUGAUGAAGCUAAUUCUAUUCCUAAAGAUACUCAUCCAUCCAAGUCUUUGAGAAAGAGAAACGCCGACUCAGAUGCAACAUAUAUUGACGUUGAUUGUCAAACUCGGUCGUCCACCACUAAAUUGCAAAAAGUUGUCAAAAUUAAGCAAGAACCUAAAGAUUGA